AUGGCGUCGGCGUGGCAACACUGGCUCUCGCCGCGACCGAAGCAGCGCAGCAUAACAAACACGCUAACGGCCUUUCCUCACCUUGGUGAUGCUGCGCUGUAUGAGCCACUCUCAAAGCCCAAUGGCCUUUGGGUAGUCAGAGAGACGCACAGAAUUAAAAAUCCGAUUGUUAAGGCCGGACUAUCUGGACCCCCACUACAUAUACACCUUCAACAAGACGAAUUCUUCAAGGUCGAGCAGGGUGUAUUGGGCGCAGUCAAGGACGGGGUGGAAUACGCCGUCACCAAGGAUGACGGAAUUCUCUCCAUACCCAAAGGCACGCGCCAUCGAUUCUGGUCUCACACAUCAGCUACGGAAGACCUUGUCUUCACCAUCUGGCUAGAUCCCUGUACAGAAACGGACCAUAUUCUUGACGUAAACAGCCUGCGCAACCUCACGGGCUACAUGCAUGAUUGCCAAAAGGCUGGCCUGGAGCCGUCGCCUUGGCAGAUGCUUCUGUUCUUUGAAGACGCUUCCUCGGUCACAAUUCCGCCGGCGCUCAGUUGGAUGCCGAACUGGCUGCUCACGUGGGUACACCACAGGCUCGCCUGGUACGCAGAGAAUAUUUUAGGGUACAAGAGGUCGUACUCUGAAUAUGCUAAAGAGUCGUGAAGCCUUUAGUCAG